AUGGACCAACUAGCCACCCACAAUAAGAUGCUUGAAAACCAAAUUAUUCAGCAGGCAAGUUCUUCAAGCAAGGUUACUGGUAAACUACCAAGUCUACCAGAGAUGAACCCCAAAGAGCACUGUAAGGCAGUCACCUUGAGGAACAGCAGAACGUUAGAAGAACAAAAAUCAGAGGAAAAAUCAAUUGAGAAAACCACUGAUGAAUUUGAUAACCAAACAGAGGAGAAGGAGGAAAAAGCUAAAAAGGAACAGGAAGAGGAAACAAAGAAGAAAAAGAAAUUGCAAAAGACUAAAUUGGAUAAGCAGUUUGGAAAGUCUUUAGAAGUUUUACAGAAACUCUACAUUAACAUUCCUUUCACAGAAGCACUUUCUCAGAUGCCAUCCUACACAAAGUUCCUUAAAGAAAUUCUUUCAAAGAAGAGAAGAUUGGAAGACUACAAGACUGUUACUCUUACAGAGGAAUCCAAUUCCAUAAUGCAAAACAAGCUGCCACCAAAACUCAAGGAUCCAGGAAGCUUCUCCAUACCUUGCCUUAUUGGCAACAUGAAUAUAGACAAGGCACUCUAUGAUGUGGGUGCAAGUGUAGGAAAACUCUUCAUUCCUGUUGAUUUUGUUAUCCUAGAGAUGAAAGAGGAUGUCCAAAUUCCUAUUAUCCUGAGAAGAUCUUUCUUGACAACUGCAGGAGCUAUCAUAGAUGUUAAUAAUGGGCGGUUAACUUUCAAGGUAGGAGAUGAAGACGUGAAAUUCAACCUGUUCAGAACAAUAAAGCAUAUACUUGAACCUAAUGAAUGCUUAAGAGUCGACAUAAUUGACAAGCUAGAUGAAGAGGAAUUUCACAAAAGACAUCCUGAAGAUCCUCUUGAAGCAUGUAUAGUCCACGGCCACACAGCAGAUAGUGAAAACAUAGAAAUUGCAGCUUGUGCAAAAUCUUUAGAAGCUAGCCCACCCCUACCCUUAGCUCAAGCUUUCUAG